AUGGGGCGACUAUACAAGAAUAAAAUGUUGGGACCAGCGGAAUGGUGGCAACAAUAUGGAUCUAUUGGUGCCCCGACUAUAUACCAAUAUUGUAUGAAAUACUUCUGCCCCGUUAAUGUGACAGUUCAAGAAAGACACUGGAAACUGUAUAAAGAUUGUUGCAGCAAGAAAAGUUCUCGAUUGGGUGAACUGAGUAAAGCACAAUAUGACAUGGUACACGAAGAUGGCUACUCCGGACCAGUGCAGACUAAAGCAUGCUUGCUCACGGAGGUACGCGCGAAUCUACAUCUGACGGAUAAUUACACGUGGCAAAAAGCAGAUGAUGGUUCCUGGAUAGAUACUACGCGAUUCAAGAUUAGUAAUAAGGACUAUGGUAAAUUCACCAGAUCCUAUAUUAGAAAUUAUAAUUUGAGCGAAGAAGACGAUGAGAGUGAUACUACGGCAUCCAAAGCCCCAGCUUUGAUUCAACAGGCGCGUAAUGUAAACCAAUACAUAGAAAUCUUUGAAACCUUUGCAUUCCUAAAGUCAAAUGUUGCCAACCGAGCUUCACUAACAAAGAAGUACAAAGAUUUGGUUGUUGAGACAGGUGGAAAGUUGUACGUGAUUGAUUGUGCUGUGUGGGUGAAGAUGAAGAGCUACCAAGUUCGCAUCAGUCCGAUAAGCCCCGAAGAUAACUCAGUGGAUAGAUCGGACCCCAUCAAACACCUAAGAAUGUUGAUUGAUAGUGCACUCUGGGUAUCAAUCAAACGGGCAACGUGGAAUGGAUACAACAAGUCUAUUGCCUUCAUAUCAAAGAACUUAACAGCUAAUACGGUACGCCUAGAGCUGAACAUUAUCGUAGAAACAGAUGUACCUGCAAUCCAGCCUGCCGCCGCUAUCCCUGCUAUUGCUACUGUCGAGGCUGCUCCUGUCGCCGUUACCGCCAUUGAAGCUUCUGCGGCUGUUGAAGCUCAUCCUGAUAUUGAAGGAGCUGCACCUAUUGCAGUGCCCGCUAUUGUACCAGAACUAUCUGCGCACGCACCAAUAACUUGUGCUGCGCCUGCACCUAUCGACACACACACUCUCCCAGCGUCACCAAUGACUCGUGCGAGGCCACCCCUGCUACGUAAAAGAGCACCUUCUGCUCCUACAACGGACUACGCUGAGCUAAUGAAAAGACCCCGAGUAGAUGUGCAUCAGUCUGAGAUGAUGGAUCCAGGACCAGGACCAAAACUAUCAGAACUACCCACUACCGUCGCAACAUCGACACAUCCCGCCCCAGCAUGCUCCACCGACCUAUAUCCAAUGUCGAUGGGUCCUACUCCCCAAUAUAUCACUAGUACCACACUUACAACUAAUCAGUAUGGGCCAGUGGCUGAUUAUUCACGCAACUAUAAUACAUUUAAUCCUCAAUAA